UACACCAUAUAGUCUUGCGUGUGGUCGACUGGGAACAGUGUGGUUAUAGUAUAAAACUUAAAAUCAAACAAUGGAUGAAUUCGAGAAGUUAUUUAGUGGGUCAUGGGUAUGUGACAGGGACGAAAAUUUGCGAGAAACUAUGGAAGCGAUGAAAAUGCCAAAAGAAGAAAUGGAGUUUUUCGCGACAAUGAAGCCUGAGAUCAAAAUAGAACGAAAAGGAGAUAAGAUACAUCACUCUACAAAUAUGGGAAAAGGAGUAAUACACGAUGUCAUAUAUGAGCUUGGGAAAGGAUUUGAAUCUAAAGAUACGAAUGAGCCGCCAUUAUACCAUAACAAGGUAAAUUGUAGAUUUGAAGAUGGAAAAUUGAUCUUUGAGAGUAGAUCACAACUUACAGGCCUCAUGAAGAUUGAUACAUUAGUUGUCAUGUACAGGAAAGGCGAUGAACUUAUAUCGGAUAAUUCUCCUCUUAGUGACCAUAGUAUCAUCGGCAGGAGAAUUUACAGAAGAGCAUAACCAUAUCUUUAUUAUAGGAUAAUAAUAUUAUAAUUGUGAAGUGUAUCCAUGACAACAAGGAAGGUUAAAUGUUCCAGACAGACCUUAAAUUGAUAUGUCAAGAGAGACAAAUAUUAUGUAAAUAUAUAUAUGAAGCAUUUGAAAUACGUCAGUGUAUUGUUAAUAUGAUAUCUGAAUAA